AUGGUGAAACGUAAGUUAGGGGCCCUUGAAAAGGUCGACGCCGACCUCGCCAACUUACAGAACAAAAUCAAGCGCGACCCUCGAUCCUACCACACCGAUUUCAGCCACCAGUACAUCCAAUAUGAGAACCAACGGCAGAUUUUCAUGCAGGCGCCUACGGCUGCCUCGGACACGGGCGUCAUAUCCUUUCGAGACCUGAUCGAAUUUGUCGCACACGUGUCGGACUGCUACAAGAACGAAACGAAAGAGUUUCCGGGACAACUGAUCGAGAUUCUCUCCACACACCAUGCAAGUCUUGAGCCGGAACUGCGCGAGAAGAUCGUGGGGAGUCUCGUGCUGCUCCGCAAGAAAGAGAUCAUAGACUCCUUGACACUGCUACAGUGCUUCUUCCCUAUACUCAUCUCCACGCCGAGCAAGAGCCUGCGGGCGUUGUUGUUCCAGAAAAUCAUCAGUGAUUUGCGCGGCGCAAAUGCCAAGAGUGCGAACCACAAGCUAAACAAGAGCGUACAGACGACGCUGCAUAAUCUCGUGACGGAGGACAGAACGAGUUCGAGGGCGCUGUGGGCCAUAAAGAUCACGAGGGAGAUGUGGAAGAGACAGAUUUGGACGGAUGCCAAGGCUGUUGAGAUCAUGAAAGAGGCAGCGGUCAGUGACAACGAGAAGUGUGUCGUCGGCGGGGUGCGGUUCUUCCUAGGCGGCGACAAAGAACGAGAAGAACUCGAGGACGAGAGUUCGGACGAAGAGGCGGUGGACAUGGGCCGCUUAAGGCACCAGAUCGGGGUUAACAAGAAGAGCAAAAAAGCAGAAAGGAGGCUCGAGAAAGCUGCGGCUACGGUGCGAAAGCGGGAGAAGAAGAAGGGUCAGCCGCAUCCGUUGAACUUUUCGGCACUGCACUUGUUACAUGAUCCUCAGGGAUUCGCCGAGACACUGUUCACGAAGCAUCUACAGGCCGCAAAAUCGAGGCUCAACCUGGAGCAAAAGCUGCUGGUGCUGCAGCUGGUGUCGAGAUUGAUUGGGCUGCACAAAUUGACGGUGCUCAGCUUCUACAGUUACUUUUUGAAAUACUUGACGCCGCGACAGCCAAGUGUGACAAGUUUCCUGGCAAGUUUGGCGCAGGCCACGCACAACCUUGUGCCUCCAGAUGUGUUGGAGCCUCUGGUGCAGAAGAUCGCGAACGAGUUUGUGUCCGAGGCUGCAGCUGGGGAGGUUGCCGCGGCCGGGUUAAAUGCGAUCCGUGAAAUCUGCGUCCGGCAGCCGCUGGCGAUGAAUGACACUCUACUCCAAGAUCUGGUUAUGUAUAGGAAGAGCAAGGAUAAGGGUGUCAUGAUGGCAGCAAAAGGGUUGUUGGGCUUGUACCGGCAAGUUGGGGCGGAGAUGCUGAAGAAGAGGGAUCGAGGAAAGGAUGCCUCGCUUGGCCUACGUUCUGGUGACCAAAAACAACAACGGUUUGGUGAGGAGACGGUUGGUGAAAUUGAAGGUCUGGAAUUGUUGGAGAGAUGGAAGGAAGAGGAGAAGCAGCGAAAACGUCUUGAAAAGGGUCUCCCGGCUGAUGGGGAGGAUGAUGAGGACGAGGAGGACGAGGACGAAGAGGAUUGGAAUGCUUGGGAUGUGCAAGAAGACGACAGCGAUGACUCUGGCGGAUGGAUCAAUGUCGAGAGUGACGACGAAAUCAACAUCAGCGACAGUGAAGAUGAAAAACCUUCGACCAAAAAGGUGCGAUUUGAUGCCGAAGCCUCGACCAGUGACGACAAAGAGAACGAGGCUACAGACGAAGUCAAGGAGGAUGGCGUGGAGGGUCCGGAGAAGACGAAGUCGAAUCUUGCCACGACCCGGAUCCUCACGCCUGCAGACCUGGCGAAAUUACAAGAGUUGCGAACCACCUCGUCCGUGUCAUCGUUGAUGAAGAACCACAAGUCGCACCACACAUCACGAGCGGAGCAGACGAACGCUCAACGACACAUUGAUGAUCCUCUGACUGCUGCUGAGAUCGAGGGUCUGGCAUCCUUGUCGCGAGGGAAGGCGACUCGUGCGCAGAAGUUGGCACUGCUUGAAGAGCACAAGGCUGAUCGCGAGGAUCACAAAUCAAAAGCCGCGCGGAAGAAGGAGAGGAAAGAGAGCGAGGGCAAGAGUACUACCAACAAGGAGAAGGCUCGGAAGAAGAACUUUUUGAUGACUCUGGGCAAGGCCAAGUCCAAGGGCAAGAGGAGUCUGGUAGAGCAUCGCAAGAUUCUGAAGGCGCACGUUGCCAGGCAAAAGAAGGGAGGAAAGCGAGGUAAUCGAGAAUAG